UGCAUGGACCGAACCACAAAAAUAUCUAGAGUUCAAAUGGUCACCUGAGGAAGAAUAUUACCUGACGGAAAAUGUGCAAAGAUUUUUCCUGAUCCUUUUCUCGAUCCUCCAGGCUAUCAUUGUAUUUUGGUUUUAUUUAAUCUGCAAUGUCGCGCUGAGAGUUAUCAAAGGGUCCAAUGCACAUGAUAAUCGCAGCGACUCGGAAAGUGAAAACUAG